AAAUCAUCUUAUUGUUAUUAGCUUUUUAAUAAACGCAGUCUAGCUAUGCAAUAGAAACAUGAUGUGUAGCAGUAGUUAGAGAAAGCUCGCUGAUGUUAUGAAUGUUGUGAUCUGUUACAGAAGCUAGCGUGACGUUAGCAGCUGAGCUAACGGACUAAACAAGAUCAUAAAGGAGCACACACGGUAAAACAUCUCCAGCCAUUUUGGGUCAGUGGUCUUUCUUCAAAAAUGGACGUCAGCAUCGCCGUGUCACUGAUUCGAGGCCAGAUGGGCGCCGUGGUCGAGCGAGCGGUGAAUGGAGCCGUGGAGACGGUGCUGGCUGAGAUGCUCAAAGUGGUCGGAGUCAAAUUCGAGGAGUUGAAAGCCCAAGUGGUGCUGAUGAAGAGGGACAUCAUGGCACUGCAGAGGGAAAAGGCCCUGAAAGAGAAGGAGAACGACAACAUCCGAGCUAAGCUGCGCUACACCGAGCUGAAGCUGAAGUACUACAGACAGGGAGUGGAGGAGGAGCUACAGCAGAGGGCCUCUGCCUCCAAUCUGGUCCGCAUCCACCCGUCCUCCUUCCACCAAGCGCAGAGAAGCAGUGUGGGUGUUUCCUGCACUGAGUCCUCUCCAUUGUGCUCCACGCAGACCAGCUCCUCCGAGGGACCACUAACGAGAAUCAAUCAAGAAUGCACCUCUCCACAGAGUACAAGCAGACAUGUGAUCAGAGUGCACUGUCACUCAGAUGUGGGAGUUGCCAGCUCCGACCCAUCUGACUUGCUGCUGCCUGUCUCACUCUCAGUGAACACACCGGUAGACUCUGUGGACAGCAGCACAGUUUUGUUCUGUCCCACAGAGCAAGACACAGCUCAGAGCAGCAAGGAUGACAGUCAGGAGGAGGACGACUGUGAAUGGACCAUUAGCGUGCAGCCGCAUGCAGAAGACGUGGAUGCUGUCGUGACCUCUCCUCCUGUCAAGGCCCCAACUGUGGAUCCAGGCCAGCAGCCGCUCGCUGACUCGUUGUCCCCAGAUGGUUCCCCCCAGGCCGAUAGCUCCACUCUGCCCUCUUCUGCUUCACAGCAGGUGAAGCAGGAGGCAGAGGAGGUGAUCUGUAUCAAAGAGGAGCCAGAGGACGAGCAGGAGGUGAUGGCCACCCUGCUGCUGGACUGCCAGGCGCAGCAGGGUCAUCUUCCAGAGUCUGAGGCUCAAAGUUCAGCAGUGGAGUGGCCAGGACUUCAAGCAAGCCAGAGAAAUCACAUGAUAGCCUUCAGCUCAGCCGGACCAAGCAGCUAUGCAACAACUCAGCCUGUAGCCUCCCUGAUGUCGAUGGUUUCCUUGCCACCCUGCAUUCCACCCCGCCAGGCAGUGCGGCCCUGGACUAAAGACCUCAGCCUCUACGAAGAAUAUAAACUGCGUAGGAACGAGCUCCGCCGGAGAAACCUCAGCAGGCGCAGGGAGCUGGAGAAAACGCUGCCUCAGCCUCUGCUGGCAGACAUGGUGCGAGAGCGUCGAGAAAAGACCAGACUGAGGGUGGCGAGGUGGAGGGCAAAAAGGAAACUCCAGGCCUGCCUGAACCAGGCUCAGGCCCUAGGCGGCGCUGCAGGUCUCUCUCAAACUGGCUUUCCCAUCAGCAGCCAGCAUCAGCAGCCCAGAAUGCCUUGUGCUGCCACCUCCAGCAGUCAGCAGAGACAGAGCUCAGCACUGCCUCAGUCCGACAGCUUCCUCAACAUGUCAGCAGCAAACAGCAUCUCUGCCACUCUGGCCUUCUUACCUCCCACCUCCUCCUCCUCCUCUCCUCUGCUCCUGAAAGGCCCCGACAUGGCUACACAUCAGCACACAGUGACAUCAUCAUCGUCAUCAUCAUCGUCCUCUUCCUACCCCCAGGUCAACCUGUCGCACCAGAGUAUCUCUUUGACAGACGCAGACAUCUUGCUGUGAGGUGUUGUAAAUCGGAGCCAUGCACACAGAUAUUUCGAUAUGUCGUUGUUAUUUAAGAACUCAUCUUCAGAGUGUCUUGAGUGGCGUCACAGCCCAUCAAACACAUUGUGCAUUUGCAGACACUGAACUGAACUUACAGUUCGCGACACAAUAAAAAAGCAGAGACUGCACGCUGAAACUGAAUUCACUUUUUUAGAUGAGGAUAGAUGACAGUGUUUCCCUCCAUGGUGAAUCUUCAUGAGCCCAAACUUGCAAGCACUUUAGCCUGACUCGUAUGUACAGACAAUAAUCAGAGCACCUGAUCAUCUUUGCUUUUAUAUGUCAUAGGAAAUCUUUUACCCACAUUUUACAUCAGUUACACAUAAUAUCAGGAGACCAGCACUGUAAACUAAUACAUAAAAUCUAAUGCGUUCAAAUCAAAUCAAAACAUUCAAAAUGUUAUAAACUAAUCUUCCUAUACACAGGAAACAAUGUUACAAACAAGUUAUUUAUAUUUAAUGUCUAAGUGUGUUAUAUAUAAGUUCACUCUGUACAUGUUUAUGUAUUUUAAUGUGAAAUUGUUUGAUCUGAUUGAAAUUUAUUUUUUAGUAUGCAUGUACCUGACAGGUUCAGUUUUGCAUUGUGUGGGUGAUUAUUGUGUAAUUGGUGCACUUUGUUGUGGAGUUGAAAUGUGUAGGUAACACACACCUUUACUAAUGUGGGCAAAGAAAUGUUCUCUGACAAUCUGUCUUUGACAGACACUGACUUGUAGAGUUGUUUACUAGAAACCUGUCAAGGCUGCUGCUACUGAGAAAAAUACUUUUCAUUUUGUACUUUGUCCAACUCACAGAACAGAAGAAUAACUUUAUAUAAAAAGAAUGAGAAGCCUAGCGCCUUGUUUGGUUCCAAUAAAUGCAUCUGGAAUAA